GUAUAGUGUCAUAUUACCACGGUGCAAAAUCUUAUUUCGAAAAAAAGUCAAUGUUUAAAUGUUAAACAUAGCUUCCGGCUGAAGUUUUUUCAUAAAUUCACCGCCAUUUAUAAACCUCCCGCCGUUCCCACCAAACCCUUCAGAAAUCCUCCGUCUCCUUCCCACACACUCUCCUUAGGAUCUCGAGAAAUGGAGGAUCCCGCCUCCCUCCCGCCCCGCUCGGAGACGCCAGUAGAAAACCCUAACCCUAGAACAAUCCCCAAUUCCAGGCAUACGUCAAGGAACACAAUCCACAUAGGAGGGAUUCCCGUGGAGUUCCCGCACCAGCCCUAUGGCACCCAGCUAGCGUUCAUGAACCGAGUGAUUUCGACGCUCGACCGGUCGCAGAGGGACGGGCAAUGCAACGCGUUGCUGGAGUCGCCUACUGGUACUGGAAAGACCUUGUCGUUGCUUUGCUCCGCCCUGGCCUGGCAGCAGAACCAGAAGUCGAAGAGUCGGCGUGAGAAUUCGACCCGUUUGAGCUAUUUGGAUGCUGACCCUCGGGCCGUCACCAACCCAAUUGAUCACGGAGGUGGUUUUAUUCCCGAGACUGAUCCAUCAGAAAGUUCUGUAACACCACAGUCCACCAGGACUCAUGAAAAGAAAGAAAAGCUAAGAUUGGCACCCACUAUCUUUUAUUCAACAAGAACUCAUGCUCAAAUCAGUCAAGUCAUUCAGGAGUACAAGCAGACUUCAUACAGAGUUUCCAUGGCAGUUUUGGGAUCAAGGAAACAUUAUUGUACAAACCCUCAUAUACGCGGUGAAGAGAACGUUAAUGAGAAAUGUAAAUUGCUAUUGAAGAAGAAGAACAAAGAAGAUACCUGCCCUGAAUUCAAAAAUGUUCCUAAAGUCAAAGGCCAUCCUUCUCUACAAAAAGGAGGUAGCCAUGAGGUCCAUGAUAUAGAAGACCUUGUCAAAAUUGGCCAAGUAGUUAAAGGCUGUUCUUAUUUUGCAGCGCGAUCUAUGGCACAAGAUGCAGAACUUGUCUUCUGCCCUUAUAACUAUAUCAUCAAUCCAAUCAUUCGAGAGGCAAUGGAAGUUGAUAUUAGUGGGAGCAUUAUCAUAUUAGACGAAGCACAUAACAUAGAAGACAUAGCUCGUGAUGCUGGUAGUAUCGAUCUUGACGAAGAAGUUUUGCUGGGGUUGCAGGCUGAACUUGGACAGCUGAGUCUCAAUGAUGACAUGACUUACCAGCCUUUGUUUGAGAUGACACAGGACAUCUUGAGUUGGAUUGACCAUAGAAAGGAUGCUUUGGUAAAACAUGAGUCUCAGCACUAUUUCCAUUGUUGGACUGGAGAUAAGGCUUUAAAAGAGCUACAAGAAGCUAAUAUAUCAGUGCAGAAUUUCCCAAUUUUGCAAGCAUGUGCCAAGGAGGCAUUUAAAGCUGCUUCAGAAGCUGCACCAGAUGUUUCUCAUUUAAGUGGGUUGGCAGUAACUACAUUAGAAGGAUUGUUCUCUUCACUCAAUUACUUCUUCUCUGGGAAUGCCAUCCAUGCACAUGAUUUUGUGUUAUCACUACAAAGAUUUGUGAAGAAAGAUGAAGGUGGUUUGACAAACACAUUCAGCUUGUGGUGCAUGAACCCAGCUGUUGUUUUCAAAAGCAUUGCCAGCUUUUCACAAUCCAUAAUCCUUACUUCAGGGACUCUAUCACCCCUGAGUACUUUCUCAUCUGAACUUGGUGUCAAGUUUGGUACUUGUCUCGAAGCUCCACAUGUGAUAGAUGUUGAUUCACAGGUAUGGGCAGCUGCAAUUGCCAAUGGUCCCUGUAACUAUCCACUCAAUGCAAGUUAUAAAACUGCAGAAGAGUACUCUUUCCAGGAUGCAGUUGGUACCUCUUUGGAGGAAAUAUGCAAGGUUGUUCCUGGUGGGUGCCUGGUUUUCUUUCCUAGCUACAAGCUGCUGGAUAAAGUAACCAUUCGGUGGAAACAAACAGGGCAAUGGUCUCGAUUAAAUGCUCAAAAAUCCAUUUAUGUUGAGCCAAGAGGUAAAUGCCAAGAUUCUUUUGAGGUUGUCUUAAAGGAUUACUAUAAUUCCAUUCAUAAAGGAACGGGAUGGAUGAGCAGAAGAAAGAUAAGAGGUAAAUCAUUAGGUCUUAAAAAGGGAAAAGGAAUGGAGUCCAUGAAAGAUACAAAAAUAGAAGGUGCAGCUUUUUUGGCAGUUUGUCGAGGCAAGGCAUCUGAAGGAAUGAAUUUCUCGGAUGACAAUGCCCGAGCGGUUGUAUCCUUGCACAUUUUGUUUUCACGAUGAGAUUAAAUUUCUGCUCUGUUAUUUACUCCCUCCGUCCCGCUAUAUUCGUCCACUUUUGACUUUUGGAACUGUUCAUCUAAGCACUUUGACUCAUCAAAUUCUCUCAAUGUGUAAGCCUAAAUAUAGUCAUGUCUGAUCUUGUUUGAUUUGUCUUAACAUAUAGAUUAUUAAUAUAUAAUUUCUAUAAUUUUUUAAUAUACAAAUUACAAGAUAAAAUGGAUUAAAGAAGUGUAUUGGAUGGUGUGUAAAAAUGAAAGUGGACAAAUACUCUGGGACGGAGGGAGUAUUUGUUUGUGACUUGUCUAGUGAUUGUGGUAGGCAUUAAGUUUUGUAGAGAGAGAUGUCUGUCCACAUUGAAAUUAAUUGGUGAACUUUGUAUUUUGUGUCAUCUGAAUUUAGUUCUGCCCUGUCAAAUGUUAUGUCUUAACUAUCUCAGGUGGUUAUUGGGAUUCCCUUUCCAAACCUUUACGACAUCAAAAUCUCACAGAAGAAGAAGUUCAACGACACACAUGCGUUAUCAAAAAACCUUCUAAAUGGGAAUGAGUGGUACUGCCAGCAAGCCUUUAGGGCGCUAAACCAGGCUACAGGCCGCUGCAUACGGCACAGAUUUGACUAUGGAGCUAUCAUCUUCUUAGAUGAGAGGUUGCAUCAGAACCGAAAUAGAGCGCACAUAUCAAAGUGGCUGCGAAAGUCGAUUAGGCUGUACAGCAGGUUUGAGGAUUCACUGGAUAGUUUGAAAUCCUUCUUCAAAGAUGUGAAGGGGAAAUCAGUGAAUCCAUCACAGGAUCCUGUGGAUAAGAAAAUCUGGGCAAAUAG